CAACACCGCAUGCACAAUGACCAAUGGAUCUUCCAGUCGUCCAGUCAAUAAGGGAGAGCCGAGCUGUUACGCUGGACGGGCUCAAGGACCUUCUGCAAUGGAAGAUGCAGCACGGCCAGCGAAGGCCUACCCUGCCCGCCCUCGUCGCUCGGAACAGUGAUGGCGCAGUGGCAGCCGCCUCAAAAGCUGCAUUCAACCCGGCUCUCACUCUGGACGAAGCCUUGAAAGAGAUCACCGUUCUACGCGGCGUCGGGCCCGCUCUUGGCUCGCUUAUUCUGGGCAUCGUCCGUGAUGAUGCACCCUUCUACUCUGAUGAAGCCGCUGUCAAGGUAUUGGGCUUGAAGAGUAGGAAAGACCUCAAAUACACCUUGAAGGAGUAUAAAGCGGUUGUUACUGCUAUUGAAAAGAUCUGCCAAGAGGCGGAGGAAGAGAUCUCGCCAAGAGACAUGCAGUGGAAGAUUUGGAGAGAGGUGCGUGGGGAAAGUGAGGCGCAUACAUCCCCGAAGGAGGAUGCUGCAAAGCCAAAGACGACGUCAAAGAAGCGAAAAGCAAAGGUUGGAGAAAGCGAAUCGGGUGACUCACGGCCCGAGCCCGUAGCGGAGCCCGAUGCCAAACGUAGGAGUACCCGAAAACCCCGUUCAUCGAAAUAGGUAGUCUAGUAAAACAUUAUGAGGAGAGUAUCAAGGAUAACAAUAUAUGAAAGCGUGCCUCACACGUACAACCCAAUGCCUAU